UAUUGGCGCUGCGAGUUGAUAAAAUGGUCAGGUAGGUUGGUUGGUUGGAAGUAGAGGGAGAUGGAGGGUUUAACGGCAAGUGAAAUAGCAGGGUUUGGCGUAGGAGCUCUGCUGUUGUUCUCCACUGUUGCUGCCCCUAAACUUGAUGCUUUCUUUUCUUCUCAACAGAGAAGUUCUCUGGGAAUGUGCAAAAAAUGCGGCAAUUUGAGGCUGAUAGCAUGCUCAAGGUGCAAAGGAACAGGACUAGUUAAAUCAAAUGAACCAUUCAAUUUCAGCUUCAUGGAUAACUUGUAUCCAAUUUUAGGUGGAGAUGAACCAAAAGUAAAGUCAAUAGGAUGCUUAAAAUGUCAAGCCAAAGGUAGCUUCUGCUGCCCAGAUUGCUCAAAUAUGCACCCCCAAGUAUGAUUCUUCGGAGUCUGUAAUUAAAAUUUCACCUUUCUUAUUAUCAGGAGCCACCAUAAUAUUGUUAAGAAUUGAUUUGACUUUGAUCAUGUCAUCUCUUUGUAAGAUUUAUUUUACAUAAACAAAUGAAAUCAUUCAAUUCUAAA